CCGCCUCCCCUCAGUCUCCCGCGGUCACCUCAGCUCCUCUGCGUCCCCGCCGUGCCCCCAGUGCCCCGAGGCCCCCAGUCCGCUAGGGUCCCUUGGUCCUGGGCAUGGCGCGCGCAGCGGAGCCCGAGCGGCGGCUCCUGGCUGUCUACACCGGCGGCACCAUCGGCAUGCGGAGCGAGCGCGGCGUGCUCAUCCCUGGGAGGGGCCUGGCCGCCGUCCUGCGGACACUGCCCAUGUUCCACGAUGAGGAGCACGCCCAGGCCUGUGGCCUCCCCGAGGACACGCUGGUGCUGCCGCCCGCACGCCCCGACCAGAGGAUCCUCUACACGGUGCUGGAGUGCCAGCCCCUCUUCGACUCCAGUGACAUGACCAUCACUGAGUGGGUUCAGAUUGCCCAGACCAUCGAGAGACACUAUGAGCAGUACGACGGCUUCGUGGUCAUCCACGGCACUGACACCAUGGCCUUCGCUGCCUCCGUGCUCUCCUUUGUGCUGGAAAACCUGCAGAAAACGGUCAUCCUCACCGGUGCCCAGGUCCCCAUCCAUGCCCUGUGGAACGACGGCCGCGAGAACCUGCUGGGGGCCCUGCUCAUGGCCGGCCAGUAUGUGAUCCCAGAGGUCUGCCUGUUUUUCCAGAAUCAGCUGUUUCGGGGCAACCGAGUGACCAAGGUGGACGCGCGCCGGUUUGCCGCCUUCUGCUCCCCCAACCUGCCGCCUCUGGCCGUCGUGGGCGCUGACGUCAUAAUCACCCGGGAGCUGGUGCGGAAGGUCCGAGGGCCGGAGCGGCUGGUGGUGCACAGCAGCAUGGAGCGUGACGUGGGCCUGCUGCGUCUCUACCCUGGGAUCCCCGCUGCCCUGGUUCGGGCCUUCCUGCAGCCUCCCCUGAAGGGCGUGGUCAUGGAGACCUUCGGCUCAGGGAAUGGACCCACCAAGCCCGACCUGCUGCAGGAGCUGCGGGCAGCGGCUGAGCGAGGCCUUGUCAUCGUCAACUGUACCCACUGCCUUCAGGGCGCUGUGACCUCGGACUAUGCAGCCGGCAUGGCCAUGGCGGGUGCAGACAUCGUCUCGGGCUUUGACAUGACGUCGGAGGCUGCCCUGGCCAAGCUGUCCUAUGUGCUGGGCCAGCCGGGGCUGAGCCUGGACGGCAGGAAGGAGCUGCUGGCCAGGGACCUCCGGGGGGAGAUGACGCUGCCCGCGGUGGAUGAGCACUGGCCCCCUCUGCCGGACAGCAUGCUGGGCCAUGGGGUCGCCCAGCUCCUCAGUCUGAGCCAGGGGGCCAAUGCCCUGCGGGACGUCCUAAUGCCCAGCCUGGCCUGUGCCGCGGCCUACGCCGGCGACCUGGAGGCCCUGCAGGCGCUUGUGGAGCUGGGCAGUGACCUGAGCCUGGAGAACUUCAAUGGUCAAACUCCGCUGCACGCGGCCGCCCGGGGAGGUCACACUGGGGUGGUCACCAUGCUGCUGCAGAGUGGGGUGGACGUGAGUGCCCGAGACGAGGACGGCCUCAGUCCGCUGCUGCUGGCCGUGAGGGGCAGGCACCAGGGUGUCAUUGGGCUGCUGCGGGCAGCCGGGGCCCGCCUGUCCCCCCAGGAGCUGGAGGACGCAGGGACCGAGCUGUGCAGGCUGGCAUCCCGGGGGGACCGCGAUGGCCUGCUGGUAUGGUGGCAGGCAGGGGCUGACCUGGAGCGGCCAGGCUAUGACGGGCGCAGCGCCCUUCUGGUUGCAGAAACAGCUGGGAACCUGGAAGUGGUGACCCUUCUGCAGAGCCUCCAGGGUGGGAUUGGUGCCCAGGCCGCCGGCCCAGAAGUGCUGCCUGCUGUCUAACCUGAAGCUGUCCUGCUGCAGCAUAAGCCAUACCUUCCUGCUGUGACCUGCUGGAGGAAUCGCAAGCCCCCACCCAUGGCUCUGACUGUGAUGUGCCCCUGCUGCUGGGACGCUUCUCCUUCUGUUUCCAAGAAAGCCUAAAGGUCUUUGUUGGGCAGAGUGGCAAUAAAGUCCUUCUGGGGACCACUCCCUCCC